GAUUCCAAUAGCGGACGAGACGCCGAAGGAGGAGGACGUACGAACAACGAGCUCCUGCCGCGGGGGAAGAAAUUUUUCCACUUCGGAGAGAAAAUUACGGUUUUGGUUUGAUUUUUUUUUUCUCGAGGAGAGGAAUUUGAUUUUUGGGGAUCUGUCCAAGGCGAGGGAAGACAAUGCAUAAGCUCGUGGCGAUUUUGGGGCUCGUUUUCGUAGCUGAGACGACGGGGGCUAUUAAUGCUAAGGGAUGUACGCCCCUGGAUUCGUGGACUUUCGAUAAGAUUGUUCCAAAAUUCAAAGCAGCUAUAAUCAAAUUCGACAUCGCUUACCCUUAUGGGAAAAAGCAGGAGGAGUACACCAAGCUGUCUGCUGCAGGGAGAGGUUCAGUAGAUCUCCUGGUAGCAGAAGUGGGAGUGAAAGAUUAUGGAGAUAUGGAAAAUAUGGACCUAGCUGAGAGAUUUGGCGUUAAGAAGGACGAUUUCCCUGUGGUGAAGCUGUUUCUGAGUGGGCAUGAGGACCCAAUUGACUUUGAUGGGGAUUUCACUGAUGAGGAGCUGAAGAAGUUCAUCCGGCGUCACUCUGAGGUCUACAUCGGGCUUCAGGGUUGCCUAGAAAUCUUCGAUCGCAUUGCUGACAAGUUUAUUGACACAGAUAACCUGAAUGAGAGAAAGAGUCUUCUCAGAGAAGCAGAGGAUGAGUGGGACAAGAUCAAGAGCCAGUCUGAUCAGAAGAUUGCAGAAACGUAUGUCAAGAUUAUGCGACGGGUGGUGGAAAAAGGGAGCGACUUCAUAGAUCUUGAGAAGACAAGGGUCAGAGGAGUAAUGGCUGGACAGAUUACGAAAGAAAAGAGAGAUGAGAUGGAAGGCAGGUUAAAUAUUCUAAAGUCAUUUGCACAUGAUGAAUUGUGAGUGACUAAAGGCUAAUUAUUAAAUUAUUUAUCUCAUGUCACUUGAGUGUCCCUUUAUAAUUUCUCAAAGCAAAAGGGAUUCUCACUUGUGUUUGAUACCAAAUAUUAAAACUUUUGAAGGAGUUCGGGUAAUGGUUGUGAGAGUCUAAUAUUGCAUUAUAUAAUUGCAGAAACAAUCAGCUUUUAUCAGGUAUUUUCUUUUGAGGCAAGAACUGCAGUGUAUGAGUCAUUUAUAUUAAUUCAGGAAGUGAAAAGGGAAUGAAUGUUUAUUUAUUGGGUAUAAUGUAUCCACCUGAAAUUAAUGAUAAUUACAGUUUUUCAGGUUGAGAGUAUGGCUUUUGUGAAGUUAUGUCAGCAUAUUGAAUAGGCAGCAUUAAGAUAUUAAUAAUUUUAUAAUGUCAUGUUAUAAUUUUGUGAAAUUAUGUCAGCAUAUUGAAUAGGCAGCAUAAAGAUAUUAAUCAUUUUAUAAUGUCAUGUUAUCAUGCUUCAGCACCGUUUAAUUGUUGUUACUUCUCACUUAUUUAUGUAUUAUUGGUAAUUAUCCAGAAUAGAAUUUCACACAGAAUAGGGAAAAUUAAUGUAAUGGUCAUAAAGAACACGACAUUUUUAUGAAAAAUAAUCUGCACAGUAUAAGGUAAGCACAAAAUCACUCCUCCAAGUCUAGAUGUAUUCAUCAGGUGAUGCUGUGGUCUUUGCACUUCACUCUCCAGCAGUGAUCAAGCCUCCUCCAUGUAAUCUCUGGCAAGGCAAAGUUCAAUCUUGUGAGAAAAUGUGUGGUGAAGGUUAUAUUUGACAUUUCCUGUAGUAUGUAGUGUGGAAGUCAUUGCAUAGCUUUAUGGUUUCCUAUACUGGGUAAUUACCCUAUUAUUGCUAUUCUUUCAACUUGUUUCCUAAAGUACUAUGCAUUUAAGUGGGAUUGAGAGCAUUUCAAGUGGUUUUCGUACCAGCUAUUCAAUUUGGUAAGCUUUGCUUCUCAUUUCAACACUGGAGAGGUACAAAUUUUGUAAAUCAAAGGAAAUUCCAAAUUUCAAACCAAGUGUGGGCUUAUAGUUGUACUGCUUUAGAUGAGACAAAUAAAAGAUUCAUUACUCUGCUUAAGAUGACUAAUAGUUAAUGCAAUAGAUUUAUUGGCUGGGAAUGACAUUGAACUAAAGUAAAACAGGGAAAAAUGAUAGCGUUAGGUGACGUGCGACUCAUUGAUCACUAAUGGUGCUCAUGACUUUCAUAAAUAAGUGAAGUUUGAAAGUGGAUGGUGUAGAUGCUAUAACAAAGGUCUAUAUGUAAAUCUUGUAUAUGUGAAGAUAAGUUUGUGUGCCCACAACAUAGCAGCAUUUUUAUCAUUUUUAAACUUAAUCAUUCAAAAGUUUUACAUUUUGUCAUCCGUAUUGUUAUUCACAAAUGCAUUUCACUCUGUUCAAACAAGUACAAUGGGAUCACGGACCACUUAAUGUUGUUGUAUUACAAUUGGCUGAGGGAUCAAUUGCUAGGCAAGUGGAGUGUGGAAUAUUGAUCAGCAGUAAUUUCAGUAAAAGGUUAAGGGAACACGAACAGCUGGACGUCUCAGCUGGAUAAUUCAUACCUGAAAAAAAAAAAACAGCAGCUUUACUGAAAAUUUUGUCUGAAUAAUAUCCUGUAGCCUAGUCACAUUAGCAUUGACCAAUCUUUUAUCUUUGUGCAUAUAUAUCAAAAGCUUCCAUUCCCUGAUUUGUUUAAUUGCAGAAUCUCUACCAGCAUAAUAUGGUAACAGCAUUUAUUUUGUUAUGGAUUUAAAUGUUUAGAUAGAUAACAUUAUUCACAUACAUGUUAUGCAAAUGAUACACAUUUUCCAGGUCAGGCCAACCAACUUUGGUGCUGAAUUAGGAAUGGCUAUUGUGAACGUUCAGUUGUGGAAAUGAUUUCCUGUACCUUUGUUGAUUUUUUCCAUUUGUAUUCUUAUGAAUGGUGCUUGUGAUGAGUAGCUGGAUAAAUUUAUCAAAAAGGCAGUACAUCUCCAACAUGAAAUUCAGCUCUGCCAAAGCUCUUCACCGUUCAGAUAUAUCGAACAUCAUUCACUUGGCUAGUCGAAGAAGGUGCAGGAAAUUCAGUUCUGCAACAGUACCUAGAAGACUUAAUUAUUUUAUUUGUUAACUUGUUGUCACACUGUACUGUAGUUAAUACUGCAGAUCUUUAUCAGAAUUUAUGCUUUCUAAAGGAGGAAUGGGCAUUGUAGAAUGACUUAGGCAAGGCUAAGGGAAAUGUGCAUUAAAAAUUUUCUCUGUACUUAGAGUAGAAAUCUCGAAUUGAUUAAAGUUGGUUUGAAGUGUGACCAAUUUAGAAAGAUAGGUGUUAGUAAAUAGUAGAGAGGCAAUAUCUGUUAGUAUAUAGGAGAGAAGAAAUAUUUCGGAGGAAUUAGUAAAGAUAGACAUGAUAUAAUGCACAAUAGUCAAGAACACAAGUAGUUUAUGCUUUACGGCAUAUCAUUGUCAUUAGGAAGUAUAGCACUGAGAUAUCAUAUUUAUAUCAGAUAACUUUAAUUGCUUUUAAUACUAGUUCACAGAUGGUUUUGUUAUAUUUUAUAAAUAAUUCUGUCAAGA